AUGGCGCGAUGGACCCCCGGGCGCGCGCGGGCGAACGACGACGUGGUUCGCGCCAGCGCGGACGCGGGCGCGGUGGCGUCGACGCGGCGGUGGACGCGGUGGCGUCGACGCGGACGAACGAUGUCGACGGCGACGCGCGCGCGGGCGCGCGCGGACGAUCGCGAUCGCGCCGUGGUCAAGGUGUGCGGGAUCACCACCGUGGAAGACUGCGUGCGGGCGUGCGCGAGCGGGGCGGAUUUCAUCGGCAUGAUCGCGUGGCCGCGAAGCGCGCGGUCGGUGACGAGAGACGCCGCGCGGGCGAUCGCGGACGCGGCGAAGACGCACGGGGCGAUCCCGAUCGCGGUGUUCGUCGAUGAGAACGCGGAAGAGAUCACGGCGAUGUGUGAUGCGAUCGGAUGCGAUCACGCGCAGUUGCACGGCGACGGCGCGCGGGCGGCGCUGGAGACGCUUCCGUCGCGGAUAAAGGCGAUUUGGGUGCUCAACGCGGACGCGGAUGGGAAGAUCGUCACCAAACUGCCGGGAGACGAGGAGAAGUUGAUUGCGGAGAGGCAGAAGAAGAUGAGCGGACCGCAGGGUUGGAGAGCGGCGAUCGAUUUCGUCAGUGGACCGCGACGCGUGGUGGACUGGGUGCUCAUCGACGGCGUAAACGCGGGGAGCGGGACAACCUUUGAUUGGUCCGGUUUGAAGCCGCCGCGCGGAUGCUCACGCAAGGGCUGGAUUCUCGCCGGAGGCUUAACUCCGGAUAACGUCGCGUCCGCGAUCGAUCAGUUACAUCCAAACGGCGUGGACGUCGCGAGCGGCGUCGCGGACGAGGGCGGCGUGCGCAAGGAUGAGGCCAAGGUGAAGGCGUUUAUCGAAAACGCCCGAAACGCCGCCGCGGCUUCGGCUUAG